AAAGCGCCAGUGACAUUGUUUCCUGAGACACGCCAUUCAGCAUGGAUGUUCAAACGUUCAUGGUCGAGUUACAUUGUUCGAAAAUUCGAAGUUUCGAAGUCGUAUAACCUUCAAGACUGUAGGCAAGUCGCGAAUUAUAGGAAGACAUCUGUCACUGCUGGCUUCACACCCGCUAACUUAGCAAACUACCAGUAAGCUAACGUGCACUACCCAACUACUAGUUGCAACCUCAAUUGCGGUUGCACGCGCAGUAUCCAUUGUGAACAUUGUGUAGUCGCCGUUUGAUCCAUCUCUACUUUGAUCGGAACCGCUUGCGAAAAGCACCCCAUUCUCUGAAGGCAAGGGUCCCCCAGAGCCCUCAGACUUCUCGUCUUCUUCUCGACCCUAUACGCCACCGGCGCAGAUCGGUCUCAACUCACCGAGUGCACUCGCCCACGGAGAAAAGACUCGUGCGGUACCUCUUACCAAAGUACAGAGUACGCCUGUCAGAGUGGGGACCACCGCUUGGGUAGAACCCCCCACAUAUGAGAACAAGUUAAAUUACCGCUACGCAAGGACAUGGAUAGUGCAAGAUUCGUAGACUUGGAUACUUGGACAGAUGCCGUCUUUGGCUACCCUGUUGAGACCAUUCACGCAUGGAGAGAUGUCAUGAUCGAGAACAAGAUGGCUCUCGACGAUGUGAUUUCGAACGCCGUCACCAAGUUUAUGAAUGCCGGAGAAUUUGGUACACAUGAGGAUGAGCUCUAUGCACCAUUCUGCGACAUGGCUAAUAGGGUUCUACAAAAGGCUCACGAAAUCAUACCUGACCUUCCAGCGUAUCCUGUUCCCGACCUCCGCUUUUGUCGAAAUGCCCCUGUAUACAUAGGUGCUUGUAGCCAAGGUGAUGCUUCACGCUCGCCGGACAUCGUUCUCGUUUCAGAGACCACUCUGCGCGAUCUCAAGAGCAGGAAGAAGUACACGAAGACGAAAGGACAGAAGUAUCCUACCACGGGGAUUGACUGGUGUGAUCUGUUUAGCAUCUGGGAGAUGAAGCCGUUCAACGUCUGGAAUUUGAAGGAUUACAUGGCACGGCUCCGGCUUGACUGGGACAUCAAGCUCACGAGGAGGAGACCGGAGGUACAUGUCUCCACGUCAAGCGGCUUAUACGAAGGUCCUGAUCCAGUUCAGCUAUACCGAGUUGUUGGGCCUCUAUCUGAGCCAGGCCCAGAAGACAACCCUCUGAAACGCCACUAUCCAUAUUUCCACAGUGCUGACAAUCCUCGUCUCCCUAAACGACUGAGGAUGCUGCCUCCCGAAUCCGUACGACUCGUCUUCGAAACGGAAGAUGAGUUUCUUGCGUCGAAGAAACUUCCCGUUCCGGAAGCGUAUGAAGACCAGAUGGCUACCUAUGCUCUGGAGAUGCUAUCUUCCACUCGCGGCACUCGUCUGUAUCUCUUUCAAUGUCUGGUGAUGGGCGACAUCGUCGAAUUCUGGUACUCCGACGCUUCUGGCAUCGUGCGUUCUCACCAGAUAUCUUGGAUUCGAGAGUUUGAGAAGUUCGCUGCCCUCCUCGUUGCGAUGGCUUGUUGUGACCACUCGCGUUUCGGCAUGGUCAUUCCCAACUUGUCCCCUCCCGCUGAAGGUUUCAACCCAUCUCUCCCGCCGGCGUCCCUCACUGGAUACUCGACUACGAUGAAACAUCCGACGCUAGGCAUUGAUGUCAAGGCAACGUUAGGACGUGAGAUCUUCACGCAGUAUAGUCUGAUUGGGCGUAAGACCUGUGUAUACGAUGUCACGACCGAGCCACCUAUCGGUGACGAGCCUCUGGUUAUCAAGAUGUCACUCCAGCCUGUCUGUCGGACACCGGAACAGGACCUACUAGCCCUCGCUGAAGGCUUUCCAGUAUCGGAGCAUCUUCCGAAGGUUUACAUGUGGACUGACAGGGCAACAGAAUGGCGAUUGUCGGACGGUGUUCGAGGGAGGAUGUUCAAGAGGAACGAUGAGGACAAGGAAUAUGAGGAACGCUGUCAACGAUUCAUCAUUUUCAAGAAAUACAAGCAACUCGAGACGGUACUCUCUCCGCAGAAUAUGGACCAUGUCUUCAACCAGCUGCUCGACUGUCUUCACGACUUACACCGUCAGUUACACAUGCUCCAUCGGGACGUGAGCUUGAGCAAUCUCAUGUAUGAGAUGCGUGAAGGUCUAGUCUGGCUCAUCUUGAAUGACUUUGAUCUUGCGGUCGUGAUCAAGAAGGAUGGGCCACCUAGAGGUUCGACUGGACGUCACCGGACUGGUACGCUUCCGUUCAUGGCCGUUGACCUUAUAGAGAAUCCGGGCAUAUCACACUAUCUUCGACAUGAUUUGGAGAGUGUGUUCUUCGUGGCGCUCUGGUGUACUGUGAAACUGCCUGCGGGAAAGAAACCCGAUAAUAAAUGCAAAGAGAGCCUGGCGGCUUGGGAACAAUGCGGCCUGGAUGUCAUUCUGAAGAAUAAAUGGCAGUUUUACGGAGGGGAAGAUGGCUUCAUGAACAUCGUCCCGAAUCAAAUCGCAAUAACGCCCGCGUUCUCCCGCUACAAGAGAUGGCUCUUAGAUUUUUGGACAGUUCUUUUCGAGGGUUAUCAAGCCAGAGGCCGGUACCGGAAGAAGAUUGCUAAUAUCACACAAGCCGAGCGCGAUGGCGAUAUAUGCCAGGCAGAGGCCAAGGAGGAAAUCAAGGCAAUCAUGUUCGAUACAGAAACAUUUGACGGGAAGAUAACCUACGCCAGGAUCAAGGCUGCUUUGAAGUUUUGCGCAGGACGUUUAGCAAAACACCCUCGAGGCUUCAUUUGUUAGAUUUCAUGUUGCGUGGUUCAUUUAUGUUGUUAUUCAAGAGACUUAUAUCGUUAUAUCAAUCAUUAGAUGCAAUUUUUCACGGUGCAAUGGGUUACACUAUACCCUUCAAUAGACUAUCAUUAUUCAUGUGGUUGAGUUUAUAGGUUCACA